AGCGAGUGGCCUUCACGCGGGAUCAACUUCCAGAAGCAUUAACUAAAUUAAAACAAAUGCUUGGUGUUGGUUUGGCGCAUCCACAAAGCGUAGAGUGUGUGAUUUUGUCCACUUGCAACCGUACAGAAUUAUAUGUGGCUAGCCCUGUAACCAAUGUAACACAGGUGGCGACACAAUUUUUAGCACAUUAUGCACAGUUGUCUUCUGCAGAAGUAGAAUCUUACUUAUACAGUUACCAAAAUCACCUAGCGGCGCAACAUUUGUUCCAAGUGGCAUCAGGGAUGGAGUCUAUGGUGUUGGGCGAAACACAAAUUUCAGGUCAAAUCAAAGAGGCCUUAUUUGAUGCGGAAAAAAUGGGGACGGUAUCCACACAUCUACAACAAUUAUUUCAGCGCAGCUUUCGUGCAGCAAAAGAAGUACGCAGUUCGACCUUGAUUGGUUCACAAGUCGUUUCUAUGCCCAGUAUGGUCGCAAGGUUGUCCAACAAAAUUUUUGGGGAUAUGCAGGAGGUUUCGUUGCUAUUUGUUGGCGCAGGAGAAAUGAUUGAACAUUGUGCGAACUAUUUAGUGCCUUUAAAACCGAAAACCAUUUAUGUUGCGAAUCGAAGCCGUAACAAUGCCCAAUUAUUAGUGGAAAACUGGGCCCCAUCACUUCAAGUCACAUUAGUGAGCUUAGAGGCUAUUGCUCAAGUUUUGCCUAUGGUCGAUUUGGUGGUUUCCUCUACAGCAGCCGAUGCGACUUUGAUCAGUUAUGCCAUGGUAGAGGCGGCGUUGAAACGUCGUCAAUUUAAGCCGAUGAUGUUUGUCGAUUUGGCCGUGCCACGCGAUGUUGAUGAGCAGGUGCGCCGCCUCAAUGAUGUUUAUCUUUACACCGUUGAUGAUUUAGGCUCGCUGAUUCAAGGCAAUCUUGAGAGUCGCACAAAAGCCUUGGCCGGAGCACGCGAGAUUAAUUGGGCAGAGCCGAUGCUCAUGAGCGCGAAGCCCUCAAAGCUUUGUAUGAAAAUAUCAACUGAUGUGCCAUAUUUUAUAGGUGGAAUAUUUAUUAUGAAAUCGAGUAUGCGCUCUAAGUUGGCGCAAUUACAAACCCGUCUAACUGAGGUGAAUUCCCUCUUGGCUCGCGAAGAUGCAACCGCUGAUUUGGAUCAAUUUCGGAAACUUGGGCGUGAGCACGCGGAGUUAACCCCUGUUGUUGCUCUGUAUGAAGCCUAUUGCCAAGCGGAAAAUGACCUAGAAACCGCCUUAGAAAUGGCCAAUGAUGAUCAACUUUAUGAAUUUGCACAAGAAGAAAUCGUAUUUGUAAAAACGAGGAUGGAGCAGAUUACAUUGGAUUUGCAAAAGGAACUCCUACCUAAAGAUCCUAAUGAUGACAAAAAUGUAAUUUUAGAAAUUCGUGCGGGUACAGGUGGGGAUGAAAGUGCUUUGUUUGCGGGGGAUUUAUUAAGGAUGUAUAUGCGUUAUGCAGAGCGUCUGCGCUGGCAGGUAGAAUACAUGAGUGAAUCCGGCUCCGAUUUAGGGGGAUACAAAGAGGUCAUUAUUCGGAUUGCGGGUCUUGGAGCCUAUUCGCGACUCAAGUUUGAAUCGGGAGGGCAUCGUGUGCAACGUGUUCCCGAAACAGAAACCCAAGGACGCGUUCAUACUUCGGCUUGCACCGUUGCUGUGAUGCCAGAAGCUGAUGAACUCGAUGAUAUUCAAAUUAAUAGUGAUGAUUUAAGAGUGGAUGUUUUUCGUGCUUCAGGUGCAGGAGGGCAACAUGUUAACAAAACAGAGUCGGCUGUGCGUUUAACGCAUUUGCCAACAGGGAUCGUGGUCGAAUGUCAGGACGAGCGUUCACAACACAAAAAUAAAGAUCGUGCGAUGAAAGUGCUGGCAACCCGCCUAAAAGACAAGCAAAUUCGUGAGCAGCAAGCCUCUCAAGCGGCAACACGUAAAAGCUUGAUUGGUUCUGGCGAUCGGAGUGAAAGAAUCCGGACUUACAAUUUUCCUCAAGGACGCAUGACCGAUCAUCGUAUUAAUUUGACACUAUAUAAGCUAGAUUUUAUUAUGGAUGGAGAUUUAGAUGAGUUGUUAACCGCAUUAUCAUCAGAGCAUCAGGCCGAAAUGACUGUCCUUCGACAAAUUUUGGAGUGCACGAAACUUUUAGGUUCGGUAGUACCUGGUGUUGUGGUGGUAAAUGGUGCACGAGUCCCUGGCACCUCAUUUGUUUUAGAUCCGAUACAAGCUGCUUUUAAUUUGAGUACCAUGAUACGCUGGCUAGACUACAAUGAUACUUGGUUAGCGGAAGAGUGGGGCCAUCCUUCUGAUAAUAUUGGUGGAAUUUUGUCGGUGGCCGAUUGGCUUAGCCGCCAAGCGCUAGCGUCUGGUAAAAAACCCCUCACGAUGAAAGUGGUUUUAACGGCGAUGAUUAAAGCUUAUGAAAUUCAAGGUUGUAUCGCCCUUGAGAAUGCUUUUAAUCAAGUUGGCCUUGAUCACGUUGUGUUAGUUAAGGUUGCCACAACGGCAGUGGUAGCACAAUUGUUAGGUUUGACCCGUGACGAAAUGAUUAAUGCCGUGUCGUUAGCUUGGAUAGACGGACACGCAUUACGAAUCUACCGGCAAGCACCCAAUACGGGUAGCCGUCAGUCGUGGGCAGCCGGAGAUGCAGCGAGUAGGGCAGUGCGCUUGGCUUUCAUUGCCAAAACAGGGGAGAUGGGCUAUCCAUCGGCAUUAACAGCAAAAGACUGGGGGUUUUAUGACGCUUUAUUUAAGGGUAAACCCUUGUUGUUUCAGCGCCCAUACGGUUCGUAUGUCUUGGAGAACAUUCUUUUUAAAGUAUCUUAUCCAUCUGAAUUUCAUGCUCAAACAGCAGUUGAAGCGGCCUUGAUCUUGCAUGAGCAGCUCAAAAAAUCCGGAAAAACGAGUGAUCAAAUUAAAAGAGUCACUAUCCGUACGCACGAUGCUGUUCUUCGUAUCAUUGACAAAAAGGGUCCAUUGAAUAAUCGUUCUGAUCGUGGGCAUUGUAUACAAUAUCUUGUUGCUAUCCCUUUAAUUUUUGGACGUUUGUCGAGUACGGAUUUUGAAGAUUCUGUUGCCAGUGACCCUAGAAUUGAUCGAUUACGUAGCAAAAUGCGCUGCAUUGAAGAUAAACUCUUUACAGCCGAUUAUCACGACCCCAAAAAACGUUCUAUUGCCAAUGCAUUAACGGUAGAGCUUGACGACGGAAGUGUUUUGAAAGAAGUGGUGGUCGAAUUUCCGUUAGGACACAUCCGCCGUCGCAAAGAAGGGAUGCCAAAAUUACUAGAAAAAUUCAAACAUCAUUUGUCGCACCGCUUUUCAGAAAAACAACAAGGGUUAAUUUUAAAAGCCUCACUCGAUCAAGCAAAAUUUGAAGCAAUGCCCGUAAAUGAAUAUGUUGAUUUGUUGGUCCUA